AAAAUGGCGGCCCGUUGUGCAAAACAAUUAUCCGUUUGUGCCGGCUCUUUACGUUUUUUAGCGCCAAAGGGAGCGAGGAAUAAUCGCUUUACUUCUCAGCUUCUGGUAAGAGUGUUUUAGCUCUCAUUUCAAUUAUUUUAUUGUCCAAUUAGGCCGUGUAACGUUCUGGAAUAUUCACGAUUCGAUAAGGACGAUGAGAUUGAUUUAGCCGGUGAUUUAGCCAGAUUUUGUUCUGUUUUUGUCUCGAUCAAUUGAUCGUUUAUAGGGAUUUAAUUUCCACUGCGUGACCAUAAUAACAGAAAAUACGCAAGGACUCUUUUCUUUGCAUUUUUAGUUAAUGAUCAUCGUUAAUUUUCCAUUUAGGUUGCUACUUUCGGUUUUAUACGCUUAUUUAUAAGCUUAAGCUUACAAUUGAAAAUGGCUAACAUGCACCGGAAAAAUGAAUAUAUUAGGUAACGUUGCGUGACGAAGAGGCCUAUUUUAAUUAUGUUUAACAUAGCGACGUUUGCUUGAAGCUAUUUGAUGUUCAGUUUGGUUUUAGAGUUAAAUUGGUAAUCGCUUUAAAAUAAAAUUUCAAUCUUAAAAAGAAAAUGGAGUAUGUAUGUAGCCAGAAAUUAUCUUGCUGUCGUAAACAUUUUUCAUAUAUUUUAACAUUUUUCAUUUUAAACAUUCAGGUCCGAUGUCUGUCCACAGAUUCUGAUAUAAAGGUAACUUUGAUGUGAUUUACUUUUGAUGUUGAUGAUGAUUUCAAAGGUUUGGCAUAAAAUUGACCCUCUCACACCUAACAGAGACCGAGGUAAUUAAAGCACCAGUCAUUUAAAGCGCGGGUAUCCCCGCCACCGUCCUCGGCUUUUGACCGCGGCAUUCAAUUUUUAUGCAAGUGAAUUAUCUGGUCUGCGGGGCCAAAAUGUAUGGGCAAUUCCCCUGCACCCUUUACAAAGCAACUUUCUUAGCUGCAAGAAGUGAUCAAAAUGUAUGCAAAAUUACUAUAUGUGGUGCGUAAAUGAGAAUGCUGACCACAGAGUGCCUGACCAUGAUUUUAGUCGGUUAUCUAGUCCUCAUCCAUAUUAUGAUUUUUAUUUCACUUAUUUGUAACUAAUUGUAAAGUCUUUAUUUCUUAUAUUUUGCACGCAUUGUACAACCCCAGAUAAAACUGUUGAGACAAUUCCAUCUAUUUUCUAACUUUUGUGUCCUACUCCUGUCUCCUCUAAACAGAAAAAAUAAUCCCCCUCCCCACCCCCUAUUCAAAGUUGUCUUGGUCUAAAAACCAACAUGUAUAAUUGCCAUGCUAUCUUAAAAAACUAUGGAUAAGGGGAGGGGGAAAUCGGGCAUUCAUUUGGUGGAGGUUUCAGUUUUUGCAAGGAUGAUAGGGAAAAAUAGGCAUUUUCGCAAUUUGUCUUAACAGGUUUUGUCCGGGGUUGUAGCUGCAGGCAAUACUUUUGUAAUUUUAUUUGUUUAUUAAUGAAGUUUUGUUGUUGUUGUUGUUAUAGUGUAUUGCCCGCCUACCGGGAAACAAAAAUGGAGUGAUUAUGAAGUGAAAGGUCCCACAUUACCCUGGUCAUUCCGAAGGAGUGGGGGGGGGGCAUCUGGGAAUUUCAAAUGAGUGGUGCUUAAAAACUUCACAUAACUUCUCCUCCUGAGCUGCCCCCUUCCCCCUGCGUAGUUUUGAUACUCUUUGAUCCCCACAUUAGACUUGGAUUUGAAGCCAUAGUACUAAUAAGUGCUUACUCUUGAUGAUCUUACUGAAAAAAAGGGGACUGUAGGCAGUCUAUUAUUUCACAAUUUUAUCAUAAUUUUGUUUAUAAUCCUUGUUUCCUAAGUAUGACAGACUUGUGGUGGAACCGAUCAAGUCACCUAAGCCCAAACCAGAUGUUAACUCUUUAGUGUUUGGUGCGGAGUUCGCAGAUCACAUGCUUAGUGUAGAGUGGACUGCUGAGAAUGGCUGGAGUGAGCCAAAAAUCACACCAUAUCAAAACCUGUCUCUUGCACCAUCAUGUUCAACAUUACACUAUGCACUGGAGGUAAACUUCUCUUACUUCUUUUCAACAAUACAUACUGGUUAUUGCAAUGCUUUUUAAGUGGUAUACCAUGAAAUAUCCCAGUGAUAAGUGACUUGAUUUUUCUAAAGUAGAUGGUUAUAGUAUUAAUAAGAGGUUUACGAUUAACUAUUAUUCAGUUGAGAAAGUUGAUCUUCGCAAAUUAAACUAGUAAUUGAAUACAGCUUUAAUUUUCUUUCUAGCACUCCAAAAAGUGACUAUAGACUCCUUUUAAUUAUUUUGGGGUGAUUUUUAUACAUUUUAUAUCUAUUUAUUUUCAGUGUUUUGAAGGCAUGAAGGCUUUCAGAGGAGAUGACAACAAGAUAAGAUUAUUUCGCCCCAUGGAAAACAUGAGAAGAUUAAAUAGAUCAGCUGACAGAGCCUGUUUACCUGUAUGUUACUUUGUUGAUGGCUUCCUUAAUAGUUUGUUGCAGUAAUGAUAAGAAUUAUUAAAUUAAUAAAAAUAUUGUCAGUCAAGAUGUUCAGAUCAUGAUCAUACAUUGAUUAGUAAGGCACUUAGGACACCUGUAGCAUUACUUUCCCUUUUGAUCAAUAUUAUGUAUAAUGGCAUUCUUUCCUAAAUAUUUGUUCUAGUACAGUCAAACCCUGCUUUACGAACACACCUUGUUAUUAUGGACAGUUUGCUUUGUCCUUGGGAAAGAAAGCCCUUUUAUUUUCUCUAAAUUCAACCCACUUAGUACAGACACCUCGUUAAUACUUGCACUACCUUGGUUGACCCCCUCAGUGUCCUUAUUAACCCUUUAAGUCCCAAAGGUGACUAACAUCAAUUUUCUCCUAACAAUAUCCAUACAUAGUCAAGAGAUAAGGUUAUGAGAAUUAAUAAAAUGAUCACCAAAAAGAAAAUGCCUUGAUCUUUUGUUUGAUUCUCUCAACUAAUUAUUAAAGGAAAUGUGUGGAGAUCAGUUUUGAGAAUUUGUAUGUGGAUAUUGGGGCUUAAAGAGUUAACAAGGUUUGACUGUACAGUAUUUAGAAACACACUGUGGUUUUAUUAAGGUAAUGCUUUUGCAUGUUAAAGUAAAUGUCAAACAAUGUUUGAAGUGCCAGGAUUUAAUAUUAUACAUGUAUUCAAUUUAAUUUAUUUUCUUAUAUAUUAAUGAUAUCAUUGUUUUCAAGCAGAUUGUGCACACUGUCCUGUAUUUCAAGUUUUCUCUAUUUUCGUAAAUGGCAGGGUUUUGAUGGAGAAGAAUUUCUGAAAUGCUUAAGGCACCUUGUGCACAUUGAAAAAGAAUGGGUGCCUUAUUCCAACAAGUGUUCAUUGUACAUUAGGCCAACUCUUAUAGGAACACAGGUAAGUUUCAUUGAACAUUCUUCCUUUGGCUCUCACCUUUUAACCUGCUGAAGGUGGAUUCCCCCUAAAUUUUGGCGGUCAACCUAUUAUUAGCUAACGAACAGCGUGUGCCACAGAUUGAACUAAAAUUUUGGUUAAGUUUGUUUGCGAAUUGUGCUGAAAGCCUUGUGUUUUGGGGCCCCAGCUGUGAAUAAGGUUUUGAGUACGCACUAUGAUUAGCCUGUUAAAAAAGCCAUUGUCAUUGUCAGUUUGACAGUCAGGUUGAAGGGAAAUUUGAAACAUAUUUCCUGCAAUUUGUUGUGUCUGUUGGUGGCCAAGAACAAGGAUAUCAGUGCUGCUUCGAAGACGUUAUUAACCAAGGUUAUGUGUAGAUUACGUCUGUGACACGGCUACCUGAUGAACAAUUUGAUCUAUCCAAGAGUCAGCUUGAUCUUCCUCUCCAUUUUUUUUUCUCUUUUUUCAUCUGGUUCAUGUACAUGUAAAAGAUAUAUGAACGUUUCAUCACGCCAAAGAAGACUAUUAUUUAUGAUUGGGUUUCUCUAUCAAGAAGGGUUCCUCUACAGCAGUAGAGGGGCCUGGGGAACCCCUCAUUUUUAGACCAAACCCAGGCACGUAUGGUUAGUAUGGGUAUUUCCUGAUUGCUCGCUACUCCUUGCCGCCCCACUUCUCCCUCCAACCGCAAGGUCAGGAUCUGUCAAAUUAAUGAAGUGUCCUUUUAUUAUAAUAAUUACUGUACAUUAUGUUUUUUUUUUUCUGACUUGUGCUUUCUUUUCAUUCAGCCCACACUUGGAGUGAACAAAUCUUCAUCUGCUCUCUUGUAUGUGAUUUUGUCACCUGUGGGACCAUACUUUAAGACUGGCACAUUCAGCCCUGUUGCCCUCUUGGCAGAUCCAUCAUUCGUCAGAGCCUGGCCUGGUGGCUGUGGUGACUGCAAACUGGGAGGGUAAGGUGGACUGAAAAUUGCAUUGCCCUGUGAAAAUUAAUAAAGGUAGUGCUUAAAUAUAACAUUAGCAAUGUAAAAAUUGUGGGUUUUUGGAGAAUACCCAUGCCCACCCCCUUGUAUUGUAGCCAGACUUUUCACUUGAGAUCUGUGAUGUGGGCUACCCUUUGGGUACAUAUCAGCAGCCCUGAUUUCAGCAUUAAUAAGAUGGUGUAAUAGUACAUUAUGCUUCAUGCCUAAGUAAUUGUGUUUUAAAUUAGAGAAAAGCUCAAAUUGCCACAAAUUUUAUGUUGGUAACAGAAUUUCAUAUUGUCCAAUUCAAUAAAUAAUCUUACUUGUGGUUAAACAAAUAGGACUCCCGCAAUGUGGUUGUCCGAUUUUGUGAACCACUCGUAUGAUUAUAAGCAAUUAUUGGAUGAGGUUUUUGUGAUAUUCAGAAUAAUCAAAGUCAAUGUAGGGGUUAUCAGCUGAAAAUUCACUGUAUGCUUUCAGCCAAUCAGAAAAGAGAUAGUGAGUUGAAUGUAUAAUAACAGACCAAACUGGACUUCACCCAGUCUUUAAAUACCAUUAUCAAUACUUAUCAUUUACUUUACCAAUGAACAGAAAUUAUGGUCCUACAAUCCUUGCCCAGCGACAUGCAGAAAUGCAAGGAUUACAACAGGUGCUAUGGCUGUUUGGUGAGGAACGGCAGGUGAGAAGCUGUAGUUUAGCUUUAAACAACACUUAUGAAUAAAACAAGUUGGAUAGUUUUUUUCUUAAAUUGGAAAAACUGGAAUUUCCAAACGGAUUCUGGAUUGAAACCUCUGGAUUAAAACCUCUAUGGGGAAGUAGGGAUAUUUCCUGAAGGAAGCGUUUGUCAGGAUUUUUACAGAGUAAAUAAAAAUUCAACCAGGGCCGUAAAUACUUAAAUUGAAUAAAUUAUAGACCGAUGUCCUUGUUUUUUAUUGGCUAUUGAACAAGCUAACAAAGUUAUGGCUGAGAUCCCUUUGUCUUUAAUGUGACUUGUGAUUGGCCAGUUUAUGUCUGGAGGCUCCAACUGACUUUGUUGUGGUUCAGUUUUAUCCUUGGCUUGAAAUUUAUUAAACUGUUCUUUAUCAUACAUUACCAUACCCCAAAACAAAGGGAAAUAUAAUAUAAACCAGGCAUAAAAUUGAACCACAACAUAUAUUUGUAAGGAACAUAUUAUUCAGCCAUUAUUAUAAGUUCCUGACUUGAACUAUAUUUAUAAUAAUAUUAUUAACAAAUGUGCCAGGUCAAGAUUGGUAGUCAUGGUUCUUAAUAUGUAGCCCUAAACUCAUUCCUGUUUCUUAUUUUUCAUAAAUAAUUGGUAACAGGGUUCAGAUAAAGACCUGUCCAGUAGUCCAGGAUAAAUAAUACUCCUAUUCUUCCUAUUAUUUCUACUGGGCAAUGUAAUGAGUCAUAGUCUUGCCUGAUUGGUAAAGCUGGGCCACAAGGAUGACAAGGAUGCAACUCAGUCUUCAGCAGGCAGCAUUUGAACUCCUGCAUGUUCUAAGGACAAGAUGAAAUUCAAAUAUUAUCUUUUUCUAACCUUGAACUUGUAACAUUUAUCUGUCUCUCAAAACAUGGUGCAACUGUGUAAGACCCACACUGCAGCAGUCUACAAGAAGUCCCUUAAAAUGUGUUGUAUUAUAUUAUUUUUCUUAUUGUAAAACUAUGUUGUAUUAUAUUAACUGUACGUUUUCUUCUAAAGUUUAAAAUGAAGUACCUUGCUUUUUACUAAAUCUUCUUGUGUUAGAUUACUGAAGUUGGAACAAUGAACAUCUUCAUGUUUUGGAUUAAUGAGAAUGGAGGUAAGACUGUCACAAGUCUCAUUCUGGGGGCCCUUACAUGACUAAGGGAUUGAAGGAUGGCCAAGUGUCUGGAGGUUCACCUGCGUUUUUCCCACUUCAUUACCUCCUAUAGCUUAAAAACAUUUGCCAUCUCUUGUUUAAACGUGUCCGAAAUAGAUGAGCUUUGGAGCUGGUGCCUUAAAGGUUGGUGGAACCAGGUAGCUAUCAGACCGAAGUAGGGAGGUAUCUAUGGCAACCCUGUGAAUGGCAACAACCAAAUAGUCUGCGAGCAGGCUCACUUGAGCAAGCCUUGGGUGAAAUUUGGUGGGGGGGGGGUGGUUGGUUGGGGCACCAAUUUUCCUUGCACACCGCCAAAAUUUUCUCUGAACUCUCACAAGUGAGCCGGUUUGAAGGCUAUAGCCACCAAAGGCGUGAUCACACUGAAGGUGUCAGUGGAACUACUUACCUAGACUUGCUACAAGUCGACCUCUUGGCGAGCGGAACGAGCCUUGUUUGGCCGCGAAGCGACCGACCGCGAGCGACGAAGUCGCGCGCCAUAUGAAAUCCGACGAAGGACUUUUUUGAAAGUCUACUACUUACCAAAUGUGGUACUUCUAGAGGGGGGAGGGGGGAAUGGGGGAAGCUUUGAAAAUUUUGAGGUAAAAUGACGUUACUCACAGACCAACGAGCAAGUGAAUGCAUGUGCAAGCCAAAAAGGUCAAGAAGAGUCCCUGCCUCUAGGCCCUGUUGAUGGACGACCACAGACCAGCAUGGUUUUCAUUUGAGACUUAACUAAGUUGUGUUUGAUCUCAUUAUGUUAUCAUCGUACAGUAAAGUCUGAGCUCAGUUGAUAUUUUAGUGCCCGUCCUGUGCGUUGGGUGGGAGGACCAAGUUGAAUGUCUCAUGUGGGUAGUGAUUGCCUGUCAUAUCCUGGAGUAGCUUUCCAUUAAAAUAAAUUUUCCCGUAAAACAUUCAAAUUGUGAUCACGACAAGACACGAACAAGUGUAAGAGACAUGUACAGCCUUCAGCCUGAAAGGAUUGAGUGGAUGAAAGUAAACGGCGUUUCUUUUAACACUUUCCUUCAUUUUCUUAUUUGCACAGAAAAGGAGCUUAUCACUCCACCUCUCAAUGGAUUGAUUCUUCCAGGAGUAACACGAAAAUCGUUGCUGGAACUUGCCAAGAGCUGGGUUAGUUAUUCUCUACAUGAAAUUUCUUACUACUUUUUAAAUAGUGUCUUCUAAAGAGGCUGCAAAUCAAAAUACGUCAUGAGUGGCCCGAAUGUGGUUUAUGAAAAGCUUUUCUCAAUAUCUAUCAGGUGCGAAGCAAUCUGUGUCAAGAGUAUGCAAUGUUCUUUGUCUUUCAUUUCUAAGACCAGUCAGACUUACUGGUACUUAACUUACAGAUAACUCUUAUUUAGUUGAAUGUUCUCUUUGCUAUUUUUUUUAAAUAUUUUUAUCACAGGGAGAAUUCAAAGUUACAGAAAGGGAGUUUACAAUGGAUGACUUAAUCCGCGCAUCAAACGAAAACAGGGUAUAAAAAGCAUUACUUGUUAACAUAGCCUCUCACUCAGACGCUCUUUUGCCUCGCCAUGCAAUCCUCCACGAUGAACGUGUGACGAAUCCCUUGAAACGUCAGCGUGGGAGGCUGUUGUUAACAUUGACAUAUGUAGCAAAGACACCUAGCGAUGACGGCAAUAAAACGGCACAAAAUGCUUAGUGAGUGAAGACAAUACCUCAGCAUGCGCGUUGGUGUAGACUGCGAGCAGAGCAGGCUGAUAUUUUUCUUUAGAGACACGGUAGAAUGCGAGCACGAGAAACGAGGCAGUUACCUUUUCGCUCGCCGCGCGUGGCUCUGAGGAAAGAAGGACGACCGCUCGCGGUCUAGCGUUGGUGUACCACUCACGUGUAACCCUCAUGUGCAAUAGUUGCAAAGUAGCACGAAUUUAUUUUCAUAGUAACCUUUUCUUCAAGCGGCAUUGCCGCUGUUGUCCUUUUUGACCCCCUAUUAUUGGUUUCAGUGCUAACCGGUCAAUUUGCUCCUGGUACAGAGUCAUUUAGCCCCAUAGAUGAGACAGCUCGCCCUCUUAACUUCCAACUUACCUUGUAGUUAUAUUUGUCAUCAGUUUUCUUCGUCCUCGAGUUGUGUUUCUUAAUUUGAAAAGGAACAUUCCAGUUCGAUUUAAUGAAUCAGUGUGGUUAACUUAGUAAGGGAUAUAGAGCGGUUUUCAUUUGAGUAUCGUAAAACCAAAACCAAAGUAAUUACUCUAGCCAAUCACAAAGGACACAGACAAUACAGUGAACCAAUUAAAACUCGAAGUAAUUACAUGUAGCUGACGCAAAGCGCGGGAAAAUGCAUGCGAGCGUGACACAAUUGGUUUUGGUUUUCCCUCUGAUUGGAUAAAAAAGUGGCGCGAAUCUUUUAAGCCAAUCACAUAGCGUAGUAAACGCAAAACCAAUUACGUUUCGACACUCAAAUGAAAACCGCUCUAAGCUAAACAAGGCUAGAGGUUGACGUCCAGAGGCGGGGGUUACUCCCUAUGAUGGCCUAUACGGUGAGACUCUGCCCGAAAGGAAAUCUAUCAUUUGGGUCUGUGAAAGGGCCCAAAAGGGCCAACAGAUGAAUUUUAUGGCUUUAUAAAGUCGAGGAAAACGUUCAAAAUUGUGAUUGAUUCCUAUUUAAAAGACAGUGCAUUUACAGCAGUUAAAAGGGAUGCAAAGUUGUAGACAAGGUAUGUGAAAUGAGUACCAUGUGUCAAUAGACGGUCUACCUAAGGGCUACCUUUUUCGUGGUGAAUGGUAUAUUAAAGGGUAAGGGGUUGGCCCUCGGGGCAGAGCCUCCCCGUAUAAAGAUCAGAUUUGUCGAGUACCCCCAACCCCCCCCCCCCCCCCCCAACCCCUCGCGGCUGACGUGCGUCGAAUAAAAAUGCCUUUACUUAAGCUCCCUAUUUCAUUGUGGUCAACUUUGCAGGUUAAGGAAAUAUUUGGAGCCGGUACAGCAUGUGUAGUUUGUCCAGUAAACAGAAUACUUUACGAGGGACAGGUAAGGAAAGCAAAAACAAAGAAAGGAUAAUAACUUCCCUCAGUCAGCUCAAUAGCGUUCUUUUGCACUGAAGAUUUUUUUACGGUAGUAGAAGUUUUUCGUCUACGUAUUUAUGCUGCUUCAAUAGAUCUUUUUAUUUGUUCCAAUAACAACACGGAAAUAAUGUGGGUGCAUAUGGUAAUUAAAGGUGAUACCCCUUCCUUUUUCUUAUAAGCGGCAUUUUAAUACGGUGUAAGAUUUCAGGAUGAUGCCCGCGCAUCAGUUGCUAUUGAAACCCGCUGACUCUCGCUUUUUAUAUCUAGAACAUUUUGAUCCCCACUAUGGAGAAUUUGGAAGUAACAAAGAGAUUUUAUCAUGAACUGACUGCAAUUCAGGUGGGUAAAAUCGGCGCUGUUGACACUCUCAGACAAGGUUUAGUCUUAGAGCGGUUUUCACUUGACUGUCGAAAGUAAUUGAGGAAUUGGUUUGGUUUUGGUUUUACUACGCCCUUUGGUUGGCUAGUGUAUUUACUUUGGUUUUGGUUUUACGACAGUCAAGUGAAAACCGCUCUAUGAUGCAACGGGGCUAUCAUCAUGUUCUUGUUUAGGCUCGAUUACCAGUCACUGUUCGGUAAAAUGAGCCCGCACUCAUCCCCUCCCCGGGAGACAGCCGAAAUCGAGCCUAGUUCUCUUUUUGCUUUGACGAACCCAAUAAGGCAGUCUCGUUUGCGGUGAACAUUGCCUGUGAUUGGCCGACUAAUGUUGGGUAACUCUGGUCGAGUUCGUUGCACCGUGAGCUCGUAACGAUUGGGUUAACAUGACGUCUAAACGCGUGAGUGUUGUUUCGCAAACAGCUUAGUUUUUGCCGCGCUUGGUGAUUAUGAAGAGGCUUUUUUUUGGAUGGGGGGGGGGGGGGGGGAGCUUUUUCACCUCGGUGGCACCCGCUAGAAAGGGAUGGGUCUAAGUGAUCGCAAGGGGAGGUUUACAGCACCUGGCAUGUGUGCGUAGAGGAUCCAUCUGCCGUUUGUUGCCAUGAUAUAGGGUGGCGGGGGGUGGCUGUGGGGAGUAAAUUAACGAUAAAAAGCAUCCAGGUGUUGUUGUGACGGGCCUUUUUUUGUUAGAGUUUCGACUUUCAGCAUUGUCAUCUGCAGUAAAUAAGCACCAAAACAAAUCCUCUUGUUUUAUCUUUCAGUAUGGUCGUACCCCUUCAUCGUGGACUGAAAUAGUCGACUAAGUGUGCAAGACAAAUUAGCACCGUAGAACUUUUUUUCUAUUUUCUAGCGCCAUCUUGGCUGGUAGGCGAACUCAAACUUAUAAAACAGUUAACAGGAAAAUAUUAGCGAGCUGCGUGGCACUUUUAUAUGUAUGUACUAGCGAGAAUACAUGCUGUGGAUGUUGGAGACAACAUGCUACAUCAUCCAUAGCGUGUUUUACGUUAAAACAUUUCUUUGCUGUUGGACUAAGCCUGUCAGCAAACUUUCUAAUCGGAGGGUCGGGACUUGAUCUAUUAGUCUCAUGCAGGAGCUCUUGUCUAGAAUAAUCACGUAAAAGUUCGCAUUUUGUUUCACACAAGAAAAAGUAUCGUUAUUUACUAUGAGUUAAGCUAUGUUUUCCUACCAAAAAAGAUGUUUUAGUUUCAUUUGAAAGAAAAUAAUGUAUUCUUAGUCAGAGGGGACUUUUUUGUCAGCUUGGUGUUGUCAGUUUCAUGAAUUGCAAUUUAAGUGUGCUUGCUAAAGUAAGUUUAAAACUUUUAAUUUUUAGUGUUUGUGAGGUCAAACUCAGCAAAUAUUUUUUAAACCAAUCAGGAUCAUAGAAGCGUGUAAACACAGACUUAUUUCCGGUUGUCGGUUCUCACCACCCGAAUACUC